AUGGGCAACGGAGCAAAGGCACAGCAGAAGCGCGAGCGCAACGCCAAGGCGGCAGGCGGCGAAGCCAAGUCGCAGAAGAAGGUCAACGAAGCAGCCAAGAACGUCAUGUGUAUGACUUGCCGUCAAACCUUCCUUCUCACCGUCCGCGAGCCCGCCUUGCAACAGCACGCCUCGGAUCGUCACAACAAGACUCUGGCGGAAUGCUUCCCUACUUUCGGCAAGUAA